AACGAUCACACUCGUUUGUGUAUUGCGAAGACGGGAGGACGUCUCGUCGCAGUCCGCAGAGCAGAAAGCAGCGUUUUUUUAGCGUCGUUUGUCGCCGUCGUCGUUAUAGGCGUCGCGUCGGCGGUGUAUAAUCAACAAACAAAACAUAAAAAUAUAUAUACAUAUAUUUAAAAAGAAUAUUAUAUUCAUAUACAUUGUAUAUAAGUGUAAUAAGCGAAACAAAUUAUUACAAAAAGAGAAGUGAUUAUGCCGUUGUGUACAUUUUUUUCAAGUUCUAAUAUCAACAAUAUCCCAAAUUCAUUGGAAACAUGAAUUAAAGCUGCAAAUAUAAAAGUAAAAAAAAAUACAAGAAAAAGAAAGUAAAUAAAAUAUAUAAACAGAGAGCGACAGAGAAGAAGAGAGAGAGCAGCAGCAGUAGCAGCCAUGUCCAGCAGCGAUGAUGUGCAGAUCACCAGCGUGAUCGAUGCUAAUGGCCAGACGCUGCCUCUGCACGGCAACAGCUUGGGCGGUGCGCUCGGUCCCCCCGUUAAGCAGGAGGACGAUGCCGAAAUACGCGAAUUGGCGGCCAAAAUGAAGGAGCAGCAGAAACAACAAGCAGCCCAACAGGCCAGCCGUCAAGCAGCCAUGCAGCAUGCUAAUGGUGGCGGAGUUGGCGGUGGUGGCGCAGCGGCAAUGCAACCGCCAUUAACCAAUGGCAAUGGCCAAACAAAUAUAAUGAGCUACCUGUCUCGGCAUCAGAAGCUACCUAACGGUACAAUGCAAGUGGUGCCCGCAUUGGCAGCCAAUGGUCGUGCUAAUGGUGCCAUCAUUGAUAACAGCAACGAUAAGAAAUCAUCGUCAUCGUCAUCGGGCGGCGGUCCGUGCGAUGAGGAAUCGAUAAAAGGGCAUUUUGGAUGGGCGCAAUUCGGAAAAGUAUCGAUACCCUAUAUAUACAGACAAUCGGAGAAGUAUUGCUCGGUGCGCAUGAUUGAAUUAAAGCUGCUUGGCAAGUAUCUCAAUUGCCUGCAUCCGGACAUCUAUUCCAGUUGCACAUGCGUGCGCAGCUAUUAUAUAACCGAUGCCGAAGCACGGCUCUUCAUCGAGAUUAAUCACAAGCAUUGCGAUGGUGAAUUUGGCCGUGACAUUUUCACCCAAAAAGAUUUGGUCGUCCGUCUCAGUGAUGCCUCCAAAUUCUAUCAAUUCCUGGACAUAUGCUAUCGCAAACUGGUGGCUGGCAGCAAAACUCCGUCAGAGAAAUGCGGUUUCAUACGCAUCAACAAGGAAUCGGUGGUGCCGUACACCGUCCGCAACAGUCAGCAGGUGGUGCCACUUUUCUACUUCGAAGGUGAAACGGAGAAUUUGAAGACCAAAGCGGAACUGCUCAAUGGCUGGGAUUUGGCAUAUUUGAAAUUUUGCUGCAAAGUCCAGGGCAUACGCAAUGAGCUAUUCUCUAGUGAAAACGUUGCCGUUAUUUCACUAACCGACAUCAAAAGCUACUUUCCCAAUGGCACCGAGUUCGAGGACUAUUGGCCCAGCAAGGUGGUCGAUUCCAAUUUGUUGAUCGGCAAUCGGGCCAAUGUUAAUAAUUCGGUCAAUUGGACCCGUCAGCCAUCGGCACCGCCACCAAAAAUCUCUGCCAGUGUCAACAGUAGCAGUGCUGUCAAUGUACAAAAGUCGCAGCAGCAGCAACAACAGCAGCAGCAACAACAACAGCAGCAACAGCAUUCGACAGCCGCCGCCGCCGCAGCGCAGCAGCAGCAUUUGAUGAAGCAACGCGCUGCUGUCGCCGCCGCCGCCGCUGCCAACGGCGUGGCCAAUGGUAGCAACUUCCCAUCGGCUGCUGCUGCAGCGGCUGCAGCGGCAGCAUUCAAUACGCACGCCGCGGCAGCAGCCAUGCUGCAAACGCAGGGAAAUACUCGCAUGCUGACUCAAGCCACGGUCCAAGCUCUAGCCAGCGGUGGCUGGAUGAAUAGCCAAAACAAUGUGCCGCAGCUACAUGUCCAAAUGUUGGCGCAACAAUCGCAUGCGAAUGCAAAUCGCGGCGGCUAUCGAGAACAUAUAAACAACAUGAUACUGGGUGGCAGCAGCCGUCAGCCGUAUUCUUAUAACAAUCCUGCGAUUUCGAUGUCCUCCGUGAACAGUCACAGUGGCGGCGGUAAUGCGCCGCCACCUCUGGUUCGUUCUGCUGCCGGACAGAAUGCCAAUCACAUGUCAAAUGUCGAGCAAUCACUGGUGCAACAACAACAACAACAACAGACACAACAACAGCAACAACGACAACAACAACAACAACACCAUAGCACAUUUAACCAUGCACAACAACAACAACAACAACAACACUCCCCAAACACGCACAGUUCACGUGGCCAUCAUGGCCAUGUCCUUGCCAACAAUAAUAACAAUAACAAUAAUAAUAAUAAUACGCACAACAACUCCUCCAACAACAACAACAACAACAAUAACAACAGCAGCUCCUCAAAUGCCGGCAACAGUGCCUCAGCAGCUGCUGCUGCCGCUGCCGCUGCCGCCGUCGCUGCUAACAUGCACGUCCUGCUAGGCAGUCCCUUCAAUUAUAAUAUGCCGUCAACUCGUGCCGACUAUACAAACCUGGCGCUUUGGAACCAACUGACGCCCACACAGCGCUUGAUUCUGACGCAGCAAAUGAAGGGUGCCAACGCCGGCUCCAGCGGUGGCGGUGGCGGUGGCAGCGGCGGCAGCAGCGGCGGCAACGCGUCACCGAAAUUAACGCAUGGUUCCACAUUAGGUGGCAACUUUCCGGCGUUGCCAUCGUUGCCACUGGACACCGAUCUGAUCACAAUGCUCGACUACAAUAAUCCGAACAAGCAGGCGAACAGCAAGAGCAACAGCAGCAGUGGCAACAGCGGCAGCAGAGCAGGUGGUGCAUCGAGUGGCACCUUUACUAAGCCCACUGUGCCGCCAUUAAUAUCGGACGAGCAUCAUCAACAACAGCAGCUACAGCAGCAGCAGCAGCAGCAGCAGCAGCAGCAGCAGCCAGCACCACCAACUGGCAGAAAGCAGCGUGCAGGUGGUGCUGGUGGUGUCACUACAAUACCCUUGAACUCCACUCAAGCAUUGGAGGAUUUCGAGAAGAAGUUUAAUAUGACGGACGAGAUGCGAGCCGUAAUACACAAGGUGAUAGCCAAUCCAGAUCUCUCCACCUCCAUACAGACCAAUGCGAACAACAACAACAACAACAAUAGCAAUAAUAAUAACAAUAAUAAUAAUAAUUCACAUCCGCUCAACGCGUACAUUUCGCCACCCAUGUCCCCGGCGAUUGGUGGUGCAAAUGUGACCACCUUAUCGCUGGCAUCGAAUCCAAACGUGACCAUCACACCGCAGUUGCCGGGGCAUUUUCUGCACUCGCCGUCCAGCUCGUGCUCCAGUUCGAGUGCGUCCACGACGGCUGCCUCGCCGCUGGGCAACAACAACCACAACAACAACAACAACAACAACAACGGCAGCAAUGGUGGCGGCGGCGGCAAUAGUUGUGUAAAUGGUGGUGCGGGUGGGGCACGGCAAAAGAGUGUGAUAUGCUCAACAAAAUCAAAUGCAUUGCCGUUGGCCAUAUUGUCGCUGGCGGGGAGUGGCGGUAACGUCGGUAGUGGGGGUGGCAGUGGGAGUGCCAGUGGUGGGGGUGGUGCGCGUCACAAACAACAACAGCAACAACAAUCGAUUAGCGGUUACGGUCGUCAGUCACACAGUCAUCAGCCAUUUAGUAUCAGUGGUGUUGCUGGUGGUGGCAAUUGCCAUUUGGAUAUUGGCAUUGCCAGCACCACAAUCACGCCCAGCACAACGCCCACUGAUGUUAUCGAUUUGUCUUCAUCCCGAAGGUCGCUAGCUGCCUCAACAUUCCAUCAGCAACAACAGCAGGCAGCCGCAGCCGUGCAGCAGCAGCAACAGCAACAGCAGCAACAACAGCAGCAGCAACAGCAACAGGCUGUCGCGGCACAGCACCAGCGCAUGUCCGCCGCAUUGGCUCACCAUGCCCAGCAUCUGCAGCAGAAUGGCGGACAUAGUGGCAGUGGCAGCGUGGGCGGCGGUGGCGGCGGUUCAUCUUCCUCGAAUGGCGGCAGUUCGUCUGGCGGCAAUAACAGCGCCAACAGCGCUUCGAUGCAUCUGCAAAGGCAUGCGGCACUGGCGGCCGCUGCAUGCUCCAGUGCGUCCGGCGAUGGGGCACAUCGGUUGUCUGUCAUACCGGAGAUAUCCACCAGCAACAUGAACCCAACGCCGUACAAGGUGCGCAAGGUGUGCGUCGACAAGCAUCUGGUGCCCUGCAUCAACAUGAAGGCCUACAAUGAAUCCGAGCAGCUGAUGACCCUCACCGAAUUCCAGAAGAACUUCUUUCCCACUGUCGCACUGGAUCAUUGCAAGCGGCUAAUCGAGGCGCUCGGCGUUGAGCUAUACAAGGCGAAUCGGCGACAGGUGCAAAUACUGAUGGAGUACGAUCGUUCCUACAAUGAGAAUAUGCCGCUGGUACAGGUGCGCGACAUCAUUAAGUACAUGACGCAGUUGACAUUCAUGACACGCCAAUCGGAGCAGCCGCCGUCGAAGCGCACACGCACAAGCUAGGAAUUAAGCUGGGGAGCACAACAUUUGCCAACAUCAACACCAACACCGACAGCAACAACAACAACAGCAGCAACAUCAUCAU